AUGGCCACCCCGCACCCUCGCUGCCGGGGCGCGCAAACCUCACGUGGCAUCUCUCCGGCCAGCGUGGAUGCCCUCGUCAUCGUGGAGAGCCGCUGGUCCAAGAGUGGCCGUGGGCCGAGGGAGGCGAAGCCCGGACUGCGGGAAGCCGUGCCCACUCCCGUCGACUUGUGUUUCGUGUGCGGUGGCUUGGAGUUGGGGAAGUUGUGGGUUCUGGGCAGCCUUCAUUUCAAUUUGCUUUCCUCUGCAGAUUAUUUGUGCACUCCAGAGGAAAAUGUUUACAAGAUAGACUUCACCAGGUUCAAAAUCCGGGACAUGGAGUCUGGCACGGUCUUGUUCGAAAUCACCAAACCAGCAGCUUCAGAACGUGAACACAAUGACAAGAAGGACAUCGACCCCAAUGCUGGACGGUUUGUACGCUAUCAGUUUACCCCAGCUUUUCUUAGACUUCGGCAAGUGGGAGCCACGGUGGAAUUCACAGUAGGGGACAAACCCAUUAAUAACUUCCGGAUGAUUGAGAGGCACUACUUCCGCGAUCAGUUGCUGAAGAGUUUUGAUUUUGAAUUUGGGUUCUGCAUCCCCAGCAGUAAAAAUACUUGUGAGCACAUCUAUGAAUUCCCCCAGCUCUCUGAGGAUCUCAUUCGAGAGAUGAUCCUUCAUCCGUACGAGACACAGUCGGACAGUUUCUACUUUGUAGACAACAAGCUUGUGAUGCACAACAAGGCAGAUUAUUCCUACAGUGGAGGACCUUGA